AUGCUGAGUUUCGGUCUUUUUGUUUCCCAAUGUCCAGAUAAUUCUGAGGUCAGAGAUCUAAAUACAGUUGAUCUCCAAGAUAUUUUAAACACUAAUAUUUCUUCAGCGUCUUGUCACACUGUCGAAACAAGCUGUUGGAGAGCUGCAAAACUUUCCAAGGGAUGGAUUUUAAUGUCUAGUUCAUUUUUUGCAUUUAAUAAUCCAUUUCAAAAAAAUGCACAUCAAUUUCUAAUUCAAUCUAAUACAGGAGGUGACAUUCUUUUCUGCUCCGGCCAAAUACGCUCAUCAAGCGACAUAACUCUUGCAAAAAGCUUUGAAUCUGAGAAUAUUAGUAUUGGUCAAGUUCUACUAGAUGCAUUUUCUAAGGAAAAUAACGAAAAAAACGCAAAGGAUUGGUUUGAAAUACCUGCUUGUGGAAUAUUUGUAUCAAAAAUUGUUUGUGACAAUGGAAAUGUUUUUCUCUCAGAUAUUAAUCUAUAUCCUUGGUCUGAACAGCACUUACUUCUGUGUCCUUCAAAUAUUCCAGUUAAAGUUGAUAGAGUUUUGCAUGUAAAUCAAAAUCAUUGUAAUAGCAUUUCUGCAAAUAUGUGUAUACCCACAACUUUAAAAGAAGUACAACAGAAGUUUUUGGAUUUAUUAUCUGCUGUUAUACAUGAUUCAGUUUAUUUUGACUUAUUAUGUGAUACAAAUUACUCUUUCAAUGUAUCUAAUGUAUUGCGUGAGAAUCAGUCAGGUUCUUUAUUCGGUUUACUGUUUAGUGGCGGUCUAGACUCAUCUGUUAUCGCAGCAUUACUUGACAGAUUUGUUCCUGAAGACCAGUCCAUCGAUCUGAUUAAUGUCGCUUUCCAAAAGAGAUGUGCUGGUGUUUCUUUUAACAAUAGCGAUUGCUUGGACAAAGACAGUCUAAUUUCUGCCGAAGAGGCUCCUGAUAGACAAACUGCCCUAAAAAGUUACGAAGAGUUGUGCAAAUUAUCAGCCCGACGUAAAUGGAAUUUGAUAAAAGUUAAUGUAAAUGUCAGUGAGAUUUCAGAGGCCAGAGUUAAACACGUAUGGCCACUACUGCUUCCAGAGCAUACAACUGUUUUAGAUGAUAGUCUAGGUUUAGCUCUUUGGUUUGCAGCCCGUGGAGAAGGUGUUUUACACAGUUCAAGUGAAUUCGAAGAGAAAUGCAUUUCGUCAGCAAAGUUUUUGUUCCUCGGUUCUGGUAUAGAUGAACAAUUAGCUGGUUAUGCUCGUCAUCUAACAACAUAUAAAAAAUUUGGCCCAGAGGCACUACAAAGGGAACUUUUCAAAGAACUACUUUUUAUAUCUAAUCGUAACCUAGGAAGAGAUGAUCGAAUAAUAUCUGCUCAUGAACGAAUGCCGCGUUUACCUUAUCUUGACGAAAGAAUUGUAAAUUUUUUAGCUAAGAUUCCUUUGGAUUUUAAAAUAAAUCCAGAUCUACCUAAAGGUCAAGGAGAGAAAUUUUUGUUACGUCAAGUUGCUUUAAUGUUGAAUUUGAAUUAUGCAUCUAAACAACCGAAACGUGCAAUGCAAUUCGGCAGUCGUGUGGCUAAAGCUGAAGGGUCUAAACGUUUGAUUGGAUCGGCAGACCAAAUAAAGUUCUCAUAUCAGUCUGAAUCACAAAAGUAG